UCCCUUCUUCCUUCCCGUAAAUGCCUUGCUCUGAGAGGUGAGGGAUCCAAAGUGAUGAAACGACUCAAGAGCGGACGCUUGCCAUGAGGCUGGCUGGCUUCGCUUGCGUCCUCCUCCUCUUGCUGGCGGGAGCGCGCGGGGAGAGGCGCGGCGAGGCGAAGUAGCCCAGCCCUUGCCUUUGGAGUCGCCCAGGGAGAGCGCUGGCUUGCCAAGGAGGGCUGGGAAGCGCGCCAGAGGCUCAACCCAGCCCCCCCCCCUCUCUCCCUCUCCGUUUCUCCGCCUUUGCAACCAUCCCCGGCAGGCUGCUGCUGCUGCUGGAUGUGAGGCGCUGGGGCUGCUGUUCCUUCCUUCACGGAGAUCUGCCCGCCUUUGGCUUGCGAUGCCGGCUUCCCUUUGGCAUGCCAAACCGCGCACAGGAUGAAGGCAGGUCAGUCUUCGAGAAUGCCAGAGGAAAGUUCCCCGCGGAAGACACCCCAGAAUGUGCCCUAUCAGGACCUCCCUCAUCUGGUCAAUGCGGACGGGCAGCAUCUCUUCUGCAGAUACUGGAAACCAGCCACCACACUAAGGGGCCUGGUGUUUGUUGCUCAUGGUGCUGGAGAACACUGCUGUCGUUAUGAUGAUUUGGCCCAGAUGUUGACAGGGAACAACUUUUUCGUAUUUUCUCAUGAUCAUGUUGGCCAUGGGAAGAGUGAAGGAGACCGUAUGAUUGUGUCAGACUUCCAUGUAUUUGUCAGAGACUGCUUGCAGCACAUUGAUCUAAUGAAGAAAGAUCACCCAGGUCUUCCCAUGUUUCUUCUAGGGCAUUCCAUGGGAGGAGCCAUUGCCAUCCUUACCGCAUGUGAAAGACCAAAUGAGUUUUCAGGCAUGGUAUUGAUUUCUCCUUUAGUAGUUGCAAGUCCGGACGUAGCAACACCAAUCAAGGUUUUUGCAGCUAAAGUGCUUAACUUUGUUCUGCCAAACUUGUCCUUGGGAACUCUCGAUCCAAAUAUGGUAACACGGAAUAGAAAAGAGGUUGAUGCUUACAUCUCAGAUCCCCUGGUCUACCAUGGUGGCAUGAAAGUCUGCUUUGUCAUCCAGCUGAUGAAUGCUAUCGCCAAAAUUCAGCGCUCACUCUCCAAACUAACUCUUCCCAUCCUGGUGCUCCAUGGCUCACCUGACAAACUCUGUGAUAUCAAGGGCUCUUUUUUGCUCAUGGAUACUGUAUCAAGUCAAGAUAAAACACUCAAGGUGUAUGAGGAAGCUUAUCAUGCCCUCCACAAAGAGCUUCCUGAGGUGACGACUUCUGUUUUUACAGAAAUACAAACAUGGAUUUUGCAGAAACUCUCAGCAGCUGAAGAAGCCCAUGGCUCUUAAAAAAGCCACUUUGCUACCUUUUUAAAUGGUGGCUGGGAUAUUCUGGAAAGGGGAAACCUUUUGGUUUUUUUCUACAAUCUGGGUGGGAGGGUGAAUAAUUUCUUAAAGGGACUCCUGAAAUAGAUUAUUUUAAAACAGAAAUUCCUGUGGCAUUUCGGGGUGAGAGAAACUGUGCAGUCAAAAGAGUUAUUCUGCCAGAGGGGAGAGAGAGGAAGGGCACCAGUACCGAAUUCUCAGUAGAAGUGCUGCUUUAAGGGGAUUAUUUGAAUCUCUCUCAAAAAUCCAGGGCACCACUCUACCCCAUUCUUUGUUUUCCAAGGAGUUCCUGAGGUGCUGAGGUAAUUUUUUUAAAUACUGCAAUAAUCUUUGGAAUUGCGUUCAAUUUCUACUCCUGCUGGAGUAGAAUCCCUCCCUUCUCUACUUUCAAGAUUGCAUAAAUACACAAAAGAAAUGGAUUGUCACAUGGAAGUGGUGUUAGGAAGGAAGUUGAGGUGGUAACUGGGGUAACAUGUGUGAAUUUAAAACGUGCAAAAAAAAAGGAUUGUGUUAGAGUCUGGGCUGGCCAAAGGGUCUCAGAAUAUCCUGCCUAAGGGGUUAAGAACCAGGAAGGAACCCAACAAGUCAUGUAGCAAACAGCCUCAAUGGUCUUCAGAGCUGUUUCAUGGUCAGCCCUAGAACUUUCACCACUGAGCAGCCAUGGCGGAAGUAGAAUAGUGAGUUCCAGAAACCAAAACUUUCUUCUGUGCAAGAAUUGUAAAUAUUUAUUAGGGGCUGCUCUCCUUGUUACUUGUGUUACUGGUAACUUAAGAUGUCAAAAGUUAUAUUUAAAGAGAAAUAUUAUUAAAUAUAAUAUAUACUGUUUCUAUAGGUUGCUCAGAGAUAUCUAGAGGAAGAGAGCAGUAUAUCAAAUGGGUCCAGGGACAGCCAUUUGUACAUCUGUAGGGUACUUCCAAACAACAAAAAUGUAACUCUGCCAUGUUGGUGAGCUGAAUUGUCGCUUGAUAACAAAGGUAUACUCCCUGUUUUUCCGUAAUUUUCACACUGUUAUUCCUGUUUUUAAAUAGGAAGGACAGGACAGAAGUCACUCACCUGUUAUGGGCUUGUAUUUUCUCCUUCUCUGUUCCUUUAUUCUUGUACUUGUUUGGAAGAAAACAGAGGGAUGACAAGAAGCCAAACUUAUAGCAAAUGUGUGUUUGGGAGGUGUUCAGCAGCCACAGAUAGAGAAAAGGAUCCCAAUGUACAUUUUAUACAUAGGAUGUGCAGAGAACAGUAAGUGGUAAUGAGAAAUUGUGGCAGAGAGAUUCAUCUGUUGGACACUUGCAUUUGUGAAAAGGAUUGGGGUCUGUAUGGACUAGGGAUAGCUGAGAAUUUAAUUUCAGUUUUUCAUCACAGAAUUCUAUAUUGGAGAAAGUAAAACAAUCAAUAACCUCAUCCCUAGAGUGAGUGCUCAUUUUACUUUAGACCAAAAUUUAACAAUACUUGGGACAUGUUGUUGAAGCAAAACAUAAGAUUUGUCCAUUCCUCCUAGGGAAGGACUUCGAUUUUAUGUUCCUGUGAUAAACUGUUCUUGGAGAUAGGGUUGGGGUAGGGUUGUACCCUGUGUUCAUCUCAAUAAGAUUUGGGUAGGAGCUUUAAGAAUGAUUUUGUUACUUGACUAAGUCAGAACAGCAAUACCAGGGAAAAUGUAAAAAAAAAAGGUGGCUCAUAACUAGUCAAAACACCUACCCAAUGUGACCAUCAUACUUGUAUAUUCUUGUCAUUCUUGUCAUUCUCAUUUCAUAAGGGAAAAUAUUUAAGAUUAGUAUUAUUGCAGGUAUUUUCCCCUGGAAAAAAGUCCCAGUUUUACUGUUGAACUAAUCUCCUGUAUAAAUGAUUGGAAGAGAAACCUGUUUGUGCUUAAACUGAGAUUACUAGCUUUAUUUUGGGGAGUCUCAUCAGUUUGAGUCCUUCUUUUCCCAUGCAUUUCUUGCAGGAGACUUACCACUGUGACUAAGGACUGUUUCAAAACGUGUGACUUCUCUCUUGAGAACAGCCUCAGUUCUGUUUCGUGGGACACCACUAUCUCAGUAAUGAAAGAUAUUCUGCAAUCUCUAUUAUUGUGCUUUUCCUAACCUGCAUGUACUUUCAGGGUGAAAGUCUGAAGCUAUGAAGUGCUCUUUAUUAGUCAGGCAACCAAUAUGUAUGAAGUAUAAAGAGACAUAUGCAAUGUUAGACUCUAGAACAGAUGUUUGCACAGAACUUGAAAAAUUGAGUUGACAAACUUACAGGGCCACUUCCCUGUGCAUAGCUAUCUGUGCAUCUGGGGGCUUGAGGGGGGAUUCUUAUCGCACAUACCAAAUCUUACCUGCUCAUCUGCAUAUAAAUCUUACUCAACCUAGGGACUCAUGUGAUCAGCUAUGUGGUGUAAUCUCUAUCUCUGGAGAUUUUUAAAGAUAGGCUACAUGACACAAUCUAUAAAGAAUGUUUUGAUUGUGUAUUUCUCCAUUGCAGUAUGGGGAUGGACCUCGCAGCCUCUUCUCUCUCUAUGCUUCUAGUUAUAAGCAUGGGCUGUGCAGGGCAUUUUUUGCCAAUGUAUUCUAGUGAAUUUAUUCUAUUGCCACAGCUUAGCAGAUUGCAGACACACUUUGAGUAGUACGAAACUCAGAGAUACCAGUGCAUGGACGGUUUGCUAGUAAGUACCCAUCCCCCUUCUCACUUGACCUUCCUGAAACAUUGCAAGAACUUUAGAUCCUAUUGGGCCAAAAGUCUUAGCAGAGUGUUCUAAAAUAUUCUCCCUCUGCUAAUCUUCCAGUUUUGUACUGGAGAAGAAUUAACACAAUAUCCCCACAGUUGAGGUUUUAACUGGGCCAACAGCCUGCCAUACAAAAGUACCCUGAUCACAACAGGUUUAGUUCCUGCCUCCACAGCCAGUUCUUUCUGGGAACUUUGAAAAGAGAACCUUGUGUAAUAGCAAACGGCCUCCCAAUUAGCUCUGAUUUGUUCUCUAUUAAGGCUGUGAGUGGCAGGAGCUUAGCAGAUUACAAGACCUUUGAAAAAGAAGCACUAUAGUAGUAAUGAGUUGCCUGGUUUGCCCGGGCUCUUGCAAAUUAUCCAGACAAAAUUUAUUUUUUACAUUUAGUUAUGGCCAGUUUGGGAUGCCUUAAACUGCUUUAGACAAGAUUAGCCCCUGAUUGUAGUGUGGAGAGGUGAUUUCACUUCAGAAAAGACUGGACCCCAAAAAACCUUUUCAGACAGUUACACUAGUGCACUUACUGUUAAAGUCGGUGAGUUGUUAAAAUGGAGACUGUGGGAUCGUCUACUGCUGCAAAAUAAUGAAGCUGCAGUUUGAAGUGUACUACAUCAGAGCUGCCCUAGAUUCACCCUGCUAACACCACACCUAUUUCUUUCAUCCUCUUCUGAAAUUGUAUUAAUAGCCACACAUUUCCCCUGUCCAAAUUCAAAUCAACACCGUUUUUUUUCUUCUUGGGGCUGCCAUCCACCCUCCAGCCCAGACAAGCCAUGAGAUCAACUUGAUCAUGCAACUUGUAUCACUGUUGACCACUUGGCUGGGCAUCUGCAACUUCACCAGAAGGGUUCUGAGAAAAAAGAAACAUUUUAUUUGUUUUCUUUGCAAUGCUGAUCUAUCCUCUCAUCACUGAUCUCAUGGAUGGGCUCAGCUGUGGAAUAGGUGGCUGCCCAGUCCUCUUUGUUAAUAAAAUAAGAAAGGAGAUCGGCAGUACUCAUGUUAAACCCCAGCAAGUAGUACUCAACCUUUUUUCAAAAUGAUGGUGCUUGCCAGAUGGCUCUGUUCUGUCCUGUCACACUUCCCAUUCCACCCCAAUCCAGUUAAGAUACAUGCAGCAAAAAAAAACAUUUUCCCCACCCAAAGAACAAGAAGUGAGUUUUUAAACAUUGCAUUAAAGAAGUGCUUUCAUUGUUAAAAUGCUCAUGCAUCAUAUGCUCCUAUUGCACUGAAAGAGAUUUUUUUUACUAGUCUAGAUCAGGCUGAGCUACAGAAGAAUGAUGGCUACACUGAUAGAUAUGGAUAGAAAGAAAUAUUUCAACUUCAUAAUCCCAGGUAUUUCAAGUACUGUAGAAAUAUGGAAUGUAUUGCAGUCCAAAAACCCUAACAGACAAUACUUUCCCAUCCCUGAUAAUUGUUGCUCUAAUUUAACAAUAGGAUUCCUUUCCUACUUUGUGACCCGAGGAAGUAGGAAUAUUACUGGGGAGGGAGACAGUAGCUAAAACGAUGAGCUUUCUACCUUUCGAUUUUAAAGAAAAAAACAUUAGUUAUGUUUCAUUUAUAGCAACAGAUGGCACAACAGUGGAAGCAAAUGUGUUUAAAAAUCAAUCAAGGGUGGAGAUUGUAUUAAAGAUGUGUGUGUGAGCUUUAUUCCUCACCUAUUCAAGUCGAUUGGGAGUUUAGCCACAGCAAAAGAAAUCUAGGUCAGUGCUGCCUGCUGCAGAGUACAAGUGUCUUUUGGGGAGGGAUGCUGCUCAGCUGUUCUCUGUGAUAUACACGGUGAGAGGAAAUUGUAGGUUUAGUGCCUUUGAAUACAUUUGGCCAGAGAAUGUCUGCUGUAAUUCCUGAGCUCAGAAGCAAUAUGAAAGAAAAAUAAGAAACUGCAUUAUGUACUUCUUCACAAAGUCACAUAGGCAAGAGAGAAAAACAGAAGCAUCAUCACUGGGAAGGUAAAAGAGCACCAUUUAGCCCUUUCAAGACAUCAGAUGAAGCCUAACCAAGAGAUAAAGAAGUCCUGUUUUAUGUGUCAUGGCUGAGGAAUGUAGAUUCCCCCCCCCCCCACACACACACACACACACACAAUACUGUUUGAGAACAACUUAUUAUCAGCCCAAGCUGUCAUAGCUAAUGGUGAGGGAUGAUGGAAUUUGUGGACUGAUCAUAUUUGGAGGCCAUGUUCCCCAUCCCUGCUGUAUGAAAGAAGCCUGAUUUUUUGUGCUGAAGCUCCUCACCAGUCCAGACUCCCUUACCUAAGAGGUACUGUCUGCCAACAGCUUCCUGGUGACCAAAAACUGGCCGCCUAAAACUGAGGCUGCAUCUACACUGCCCUAUUUUCCAGGAUCUGGUCCCAGAUUAUCUGGUUUGAACUGGAUUAUAUAAAUCUACAUUGCCAGAUAAUCUGGGAUAUGCAGAUAAUUUGAGAUCAGAUUUUGGGAUAUAGAGCAGUUUAUUUCAGCCUGAGUAGCAAUUUAGUGUUCUUUUAAAUUGGUGGUGAAUAUCAUGCUGCCUUGCAUGCAUUAUUGGACUUCAGUUCCCAACAUCCUUUACCAUUAGCUGUGCUGACCAAGGCUGUUGGCAGUAUUGAUUGAACAGUAUCUAGAGGGCCAUGUGAUCCUCACUCCUGUUUUUUUAAAUAAAAAAUCCUACUCUGUGGAGGUUGAAAAGGAGGUUAAAAAGGCUUGCAAUCUCGCUGGGAUUAAAUGAACAGAAGCUUGUAAAUUGAAUUAUGCUAAAGAUCUGAGGCAAACUUCUAAAGCUCUUUCACUGCCACUUAAAUUAAUCCAGUCUAAGAACCUAGUCAGUACUUGGAUGGCAGAUAGCCAACAAAUAUAACGUAUUAUAUAUUUCAGAGGAAUGCAGUGGUAAAGCUACUUCUGAGUAUUCCUUGCCUGAGAAAACCCUAUGAAAUUCAUUCUUGGCAGUAUUUUAGAGAAGGCUGCUAGAUAGUCAUUCUGUGAUUGAUGAAAGCUGACACCAGAGUUUAAAGAGAUAAAGUUUAAGCAUGGAGUUAUUUUGUUGUACUACUAGCCAGACUGGCAUCUACACCACCCUACCCCCCUAUUCUGGGGAUUGUGGCUCUUUUUGGGGUGGAGAGAAGAAUUGGAAAACAAGGGUUGAGCUAAAUGAGGGGCAGAGAUCAUACAGCUAAUGGGAUGCUCUUGGGUUACAACUGCUACUCCCAGCAGCCAUGGGCAACAGAAGUGAUGGUAAGGUCUCAUGGGAGUCACAGUCCAAAGACAUCUGAGGGGCAUCAUAAUUCUCAUCCCUGGUUUAUAGCUCUGAAGUGUGUUGUUACCAGAUAUGAGCACUGUGUUGAUGAAGUUAAAAGAAGAGAGAAAUGAUGGUGCUUGGGGCAGGGAGGGACUAUUGAACUACCAAGAGCCUAUAUUGCCAAUGAACCUAACAGCAAUGGAAGGAGGAGGAAACUGUUGUCAAAGGUUGUCAUGGCCAUAAAUUCACAACAAUCCAUAGGGGGAAGUUCCGACCUCCAUCCUGUACAAUGUAUGUCCCAGGAAAGUGAAGCCCAGCCUGCAGAUGACUUGGCAGUCAGCCUCUUUUUAUAAUCCCAGAUGGGAAGAAAUGGCAGGAGUCUUCUCACAAGGCAGCUCAACUGCAUUUAGCUUGGAAGACCUUGAGUGGUGCAGGCCAUCUGAGCCUUACCUUAAAACUGCCUGUACGGGAAGCAUGUUAAUUGAAAGAAACAUCUGCAAAUUGAACAAAAACCUUUGCACAUUUCUGGGAAACAAAAAUUGAGACUGAAAUGUAUUGGCUUCCAGACAGCUAUGCCAACAGCAACAGGGGGUUUCCCCUCAAGAGCAUUAGUUCCUUCAUGACAGAGCAAUAGUUGUGUUUGUAAUAUUGUGUAUAUAUAAUAUAUCACCAUCACAUGUACCAGAUGUGGCACAAGAGCACCCCCCUCCUCAUAUGUCUUGACACAAUGUUUUAUAAUGAGCCUGCUCUUUUUUUAUAUCAGUCACCUUGCCACUUCAGUGGCAUAAUCUUGCCAAGAUAACUUAUUUUUCCAAGUAACUUCUGAGCCACUGUAUCUUGUUUCAUUUGUGCUCCUGCUCACCCAGUAACAUACACUCACAUGUAUACACUUGAAAACACUUGUACUUACAGCAAGGAGAAUGUGUACAACAUAGAUACUUUUGAGUAAAAAAUAAAAAUAAAAUAUAUAUGGACAUUAAUAAUAAAGAUAUGUUUUAUGACUA